AUGACGCCGGAGGUCCUCUGUGCUGACCCCUGUGCUUCCCCUCCCGCCCAAUCCCCCACUCAGAUUCCUGGGUCCGAGGCAGGGACUAACCACAGACACGAAAGACCUCACUCUGGUGUGACAUCGGGAGCAGAGCUCUCCUUCACCCUGGAGCCCAGUGACAUCAUCGCGGUGCAGGAGCAGCCCCUCAUGCUGCACUGUCAGGUGGACGGUAUCCCACCAAUCACCACGCAGUGGAGGAGGAACGGAAUCCUCCUGGUGGAUGACCAAUACUACACCAUGUUCCACAACGGCACUCUGCUGAUUGGACACUUCCAGAGGACCAAGUCUCACGGCUCAACUGAUGAAGGGGAUUAUGAGUGUGUGGGCCAGAACUCCUUUGGUCUGGUGGUGAGCCGCAGAGCCAGGGUGCAGGCCGCCACGAUGGCGGAGUUCCAUGUCCAGCCGCGGUCAGUGCGUGCGGAGGAGGCGGGCGUUGGGCGGUUCCAGUGCCAGAUUCACGGCCUGCCUGAGCCUGCCAUCAGCUGGGAGAAAGAUGGCCGCUCCGUGGACACUAAGGAUGAGAGGUAUACCCUGCUCCCCACUGGUGUCCUGCAGAUCACAGGUCUGCGUCAGGAGGAUAGUGGUGUGUUCUGCUGUGUGGCCCACAACAGUGCAGGAGUAAAGCACAGUGCCGGGGCUCGCCUCACCGUCUCAGUCUCCCAGUCUUCUGUUUACAAAGAGCCCAUGAUCCUCGUGGGUCCUGAAAACCUCACUCUCACCGUUCACCAGACGGCCAUCUUGGAAUGUGUUGCCACAGGAUAUCCCCGCCCCAUUGUGUCAUGGAGCAGGCUUGAUGGCCGUCCGAUAGGUGUGGAGGGCAUCCAAGUGCUGGGUACAGGGAACCUGAUGAUCACAGAUGUCGGGGUCCAGCACUCUGGCGUCUACGUCUGCGCUGCCAACAAACCAGGGACCCGUGUACGCAGAACCGCUCAGGGACGUCUGGUGGUCCAAGCCCCAGCAGAGUUUGUGCAGCCUCCCCAGUCCAUCUCCCGGCCGGUGGGCACCACUGCUAUCUUCACCUGCCAGGCGCAGGGCGACCCUGUGCCCCAGCUCACCUGGCUAAAGAACGGGCAGAUCCUGGAGCCUGGAGGGCACGUCAAACUCAGGAACAACAACACCACGCUGACCAUCUAUGGCAUCAGUCAGGAGGACGAAGCCAUCUACCAGUGCAUCGCUGAGAACAGUGCCGGCUCCACCCAGGCCAGUGCCCGUCUCACCGUGCUGUGGGCAGACGGCCUGCCAGGGAUGCCCAGUCUGGUGCGGGCCGAGGCCCUCUCACCCAACGCCAUCCAAGUGUCCUGGAAGGAGUCUGCCCAGAACACUCAGGAGAUCAUCGGCUACGUGCUCCACAUCCGCAGGACCACAGACCCCGUGGAGAUGGAGUACCAGGAAGCCGUCAGUAAGGUGACUCUACAGCAGGUAGUGGGUGAUCUGGAGCCCUCCACCAGCUAUACCUUCUAUGUGAAGGCCUACACGUCCCGCGGAGCCAGCAAGCCCUCUGAGAGCGCCACCGAGAUCACACUGGGCGAAGUGCCAGCACCCCCGUCACUAUUCAUUAAAUUGAUGAACAGCAGUGUGGUGCAGGCGGUGUGGGAGCCAUCCUCUAAGAUGGGCCAACAUGAGGGCUUCAGGCUGUACUACAGGAGGGUCCACACCCCCCUCUUCACCGGACCACUCACCUUCACCCGCAAUGUCACCCAGUACAACAUCACUCAGCUGGAUCAAACUCUGGUGUAUGAGAUUAAGGUUCUGGCCUUCAACCAACACGGAGACGGCAACGCCACCAUGCGCUUCGUCUCACUGAAGGAGGCUGUGGAGAAAUCAGUGCUGAACACCCCCUGUGACUGUGUGAAGGAUGAACAGAGCAAGACCUCUACAGCCGGCAUCAUCAUCGGCAUCCAUAUAGGAGUCACCUGCAUCGUUUUCUGCGUGCUUUUCCUCAUGUUCAGCUACAGGGGGAGGUUGAUGACAUGUAAGACAGUGCAGGCCACCCCCCAGGCCGGGCGUAACAUUUCCCUAGAGGCGUCGUCCUCCUCCCAGGGGGCCCUGGCCUUAAACGGGGUGAGCAGGUCAGGCAUGGAAGGGAACGGAAGCGUUGCUGGGAAGAGCAGGGGAGACAGCAACGAGCUGGAGAGACUCUUCUCAGGCCCGUCCCACUGUGGAGACCUAGCUGACCGUUCACGCAUGUUGGAUAGAUCCCUGGUGUCCUAUGCGCUGAACGAGACCCAGUUGUCCACUCUGCCGCUGGAUGACUUCAGCCUUGUGGAGGAGGACAGAGAGACGCAGUUCCAGAGGCCUCCAGCAGAGGGCCGGGGGGCCAGUGACAGGGCUGUGGCCGGGGUCACCCAGCAGGACCAGACCUGAAAGAAGCAUGAAGGUCAAGUCUGUGACACGGUCACAGUGUCACCUCAGACUCGUAUCACACUCAGGUCGACCGAAGUAUUUCCUUUCAUAUUCGUUUUUCUUUGUGCAAAUAAUUGUAUUAUUGGUAAGUUAAAUAAGUCACCUCUGGAAAAGUUAUAGGGUCUCGGACUCGUUCUUGGAGGUGUCCCUGGCCUAGGUUUUUGGUGCGCUUUUGUGAUGGACAGCUAGGUUUUAGCGUUGGCAGGUGAAUGAUGUGUUCUUGUUUUUUUCGUACUUCCUUCAUUUUCUGGUUGCCGGCAGCACACAGAAUAGAUGCCCAGAAUGUCUUUGUUAUACACAUUUUAUCUCAGAGUCGAAUAUGUUUUUAUUUCUCUACUAUCUCACAAAAUGGUU